UUUUCUCCCCUUUCAGAAGACAAAGGCAAGGCUGCUGCUGCUGCUGGGACAAAGGGAUCAAGUGGAUCUUUCCAUGGCUGCAGCCUCGAGAGUGAGCCACGUCUCCCGGAUCUUCUGGAUCCUCUUCUUGCAGGUGCCUUCCUUUGCCGAGACUUUCUGCAAGAACCCACAGGAGUGUACUCAACAAGGAACCAGCUGGACAAGUUUGUGGUAUGUUUGGCUCAUCCUCCUGGCUGUAUUUCUCUUGCUGAUGUGUGGCAUCGGCGCCAGCUGCGUCAAGUUCUGCUGCCGUAAGAAGAGGCCUCCGACGCAGCCGUUUCCCCCGCAAACGCAUGACCUCACCAUCGUCCCCAUGGACCACGACAGCACGGCCCACAGCACCGUCACAUCGUACAGCUCCGUACAGUAUCCCGGCAGCUUCCCAAUUCCUUUUCCCUUCCGAGAGGUGGACCGGGGCAUGUCCAGCCCUCCGGCCUACAGCCUCUAUGCCAUCGAAAUGCCGCCGUCCUACGAUGAGGCCGUCCGGAUGGCCAAGCCUUCCGUCGAGACCCUGUUUGUCGGCUGGAAGGUGGCGGGCGGGGCUACCGAACAAACAUCCCACGAGGAAGCUCAUGAACCCCAGGCUUUGCCUUUGUCACAGUGCAGCAGCCCUGAUGUUAUAGCAGAAAGCUCCGAUGUGGAAGCUUCCACGCAAGCGCAGCCUUAGCAUGACGGAAAGAACACGCCAACGAGGGACGGUGAUGGUAUGACUUCUCUAGACUCGUGGAAAGAAUGCCUCCGAAGGUUGGAGAUAACUUUCCGUUGACAUUUCGAACGGACCGAAUGCAAAGCUGGGUUAAAAAUAAUUCACAUUCUUGGUGUCAUGUCAGUUGGUGGAUUGACACUACACCAGAGAGACGGAACAAUGACCUACGCUCUCUAGACCUUGAAACACCACAACUCCCAGUAUAAACCUGUCUGUGUCUUAAGACAUACUGGGAGAGGUCCAAAACUGUGUCUCCUUCAUAGACUGAAGGAUUGGAUUCGUUGCUAUGUAACGGCUAAAGUCCUUUGACUCCAAAGGUCACAUUAAUGCGCCUUGUUGUGUCUGUUGAUAUUUCUGUGCUGUAUUCUGUUUGCAAACUUCUGUCCAAGUUGGGAGAUGUUUCCCCUUUUUCGGUCGUAGUCGGAAAUGUAAAUAUAUGUAAAUAUAUGUGUUGGUUCUGGAUUUGGAUCGCAAACAAACACAACAAAGAAA